AUGGCCCUUAACACUACCAUUCUUCGCCUCUCUUUCUUGCUUUUAUUCUUUGCCUCAUUCGUCAACGCUAAUAAUAGCAGUUGCCACACUUUGAGCACCAACCGGAAACUCUUGUCUACCAAAUUCGACUUCACUCCAUUCCUACAUCAUCACCACUACCACCACAGACAUCGCCCCGACAACGACAAUGCCAAACCUUCCGGUAAUGAGAUCGAUCCUCGUUACGGUGUAGAACAACGGCUUGUUACUACUGGUCCAAAUCCCUUGCACCAUUGA